CCCUGACCUACUUGCCGAUGUGUUAUUUCUAGGUUGAAUAGUUUGAAUUUGCUGCAAUAUUCAGCGUGGCGGUGGACAGCUGUGGUGUUAUAUUUAAUGACCACCAAAACCAACAUAUAACACGCUACAGUUAGAGACCAGAACCGUCAAUACGUCAAUUAGUGACAAUGUUUCCAUAUUUUGACACUUCUGCCAUUCUUGCUGCUGUGCUUUUACUUUUGCUGACUUUCUACAUCAGGUCACGUCAACCUACAAAUUUACCGCCAUUUCCUGGAGCAUCUUUGCCUUUUAUUGGACACUUGCAUCUGCUGGGGAAAAAUCCUCGGAGAAAGUUCAAGCAAUGGGCACAGGAAUAUGGAGAUGUCUUUACACUUCAAAUGGGUCCACAGAGAAAUAUUUUUGUGAACACAAUGGAAGCUAUGAAAGAAGCUUUCAUCAAGAAAGCCGACUUUUUCUCAGACCGAGUCCAGGACAGUUUUGUAGGACGUCAUGUUCCCAACUUUUUCCAUGGCAUCAUUUUCACUUCUGGGCCCAACUGGAAAGCUCAAAGAACCACAUCCCUAGCCAUUCUCAGAAACUUUGGUAUGGGCAAAAAUAUGUUAGCUGCAAAAAUAUUAGAAGAAAUUUCUUUCUACUCCAAAGAGCUGAUCAAUAGCAAAGGAAAACCAUGUGACAUUCAUUACCUGACCAAUAUGAGUAUCUCUAACGUAAUUAGCUCCAUCAUAUUUGGGAAACGCUUUGAGUUCAAUGAUCCAAAAUUUAUAAAGCAAUUAAAGACGUUUAAUGACUUAGCGAAGUUAAGUACUGGAGUAUUAACUCUAAACUUUUUCCCUAGUUUAUAUUAUCUACCUUUCGAUUUGUUCAAAGGCAGAAAGCUGAUACAAUCAUAUUUAGCUAUGCGCAAUUUCACUGAUAAGAUGAUUAUUGAAAUAAAAAAGCGUCAGAAUUCUGGAAAUCUAGACAACUUCAUAGUCGCUUAUAUUGAGGAAAUGAAGAAAGGGAAACAAUCUGGACAACAUUUCCUGGAUGAAUUCAAUUUGGCUCGCAUAAUUGACAACUUGUUCAUAGCUGGCUCAGAAACUACAAGCACAACAAUAAUGUGGUUCUUGUUGUACAUGUUGCACUAUCCUGAAGUUCAACAGAAAAUUUAUGAAGAAAUAGUUGAACAGAUUGGAACGGAUCGUCCACCGAACAUAACAGACAAGAGAAACUUGAAAUACUUGACCGCUGUUAUCAUGGAAGUCCAAAGAAAGGCCAGCAUUGUGCCCUUAAGUGUUCCUCAUAUUUGUAACAAAGACACAACACUUGCUGGUUACACCAUUCCAAAAGGCACCAUCGUAAUGCCUAAUCUGGACGCCAUUCAUGCAAGUAAAGAAAUCUGGGGAGAUCCUGAAAAGUUUCGCCCUGAAAGAUUUCUGGAUGCUAAAGGAAACAUAAUCAAGAGGGAAGAACUCAUGCCUUUCUCUAUUGGCAGACGUAUUUGUCUGGGAGAAUCAUUGGCUAAAAUGGAGCUGUUCUUAUAUCUGUCCACUUUAUUUCAGAAGUUUGAAUUUCUGCCAGCAUCUCCAGAUAAGGUUCCUCCACUUCUUGAUACAUGGGGCUUAGUUACCGCCCCUGGGCUUUUUGAAAUCAGAUGUGUAGAAAGAGCUAAUUAAUAUUUUCAAGCAUCGAUAUACUCCAAAAUGUGUGAAAAUGUUGUUUUUUUUUUGUUUUUUUUUUUGUUAAUUUUAAACUUUGUAUAAAUCUACUAAUGUAUUAUUAAGCGUAAUAUUGUUUUCGCAAAUUACAUGCCAUACCCCAGAUCCUAUCACUUGUCCGGACCCGUUGGGAAACGGGGUGGGUGGUAGAACAAGGGGAGGGGGUAUCUCUUGGAAUGUGACCUUGAUCGAUUUUUUACAACGUUGUACGACUUGAAUACGAACUCAGAACUCAAGCCUCCUCAUAUAUCACCACAUUUGUCAAGUACAAUUUCUAUCACCUUUUUGGUGCCAAACAAAAUAAUUAAUUAUCCAUAGUUAAUUAACUAAUUGGUUAAUUUUUUAAAUUGAUUCUUGUUUUUCGGGUACAACAAAUGCGAAAUUUCAACUUGAUCGGUAUUGGGUGUUGGAGAAAUAACGUGUACAAACUUUUGAACAGACAAACAGUGAGUGAGUUUAUAUAAGCUUUGUUUAAAAAAACAACAACAAAUGACUUACAUAAGUCGAGUAUUUUUUAAUUUUUUUUUAAAUGAUACCUUUUAUAUUAUUUAUCUUCUUAUAUUUUGAAAUAUUAUAUUUAUAUAAGUAUCUUCUUCUUCUUCUUUAUUCUCAUAAUUAUGUUGGGUCUUCAGAAAACUGCACGAAUAUACAAGAUGAUCUGCGCAAGUGUUUCCAACUUAAGCAGCUCUCCAUAUAGUUUUCUUUCUAUUUGGGUGUUUUGGGGUCAGAAUCUUGUUCGGGCCUCUGGAACACAGGCGGAUCCCCAAGAGCUUUUUAGAAAAAAAAAAAAGCAAAAAUUUUUAAAUUCUUAAAAAAACAAAGACUUAUUUGAUGGAAAGAAUUUGUAUUUACAACAAUACUAUUCAAUAAUGUAGAAGAUAUUUUUCUUUUCUAAAUGUAUUAAAUUACCAAUAAAUUAAUUGA